AUGGCAUUACACGACCAGAAUAAAUUUCUAUAUGCCCUGAGCUCCAACCAAGCAUGGGCUGGGUACAAGUCACACCAGAAUCCUGCAUUUUUCAAGAAUCUUGCCUCAGGGCAGUCGCCUUCAAUUUUAUGGCUAGGGUGCUCCGAUUCUCGUGUGCCCGAGACAACAAUCUUGGGCCUCCAACCUGGCGACGUCUUCGUGCACCGCAACAUUGCCAACAUUGUGGCCCCGACAGACAUCAACACUUCGGCUGUUAUUGAGUACGCCGUUGCUCACCUCAAGGUCAAGCAUGUUGUGCUCUGCGGUCACUCGGCCUGUGGAGGUGCCAAAGCAGCGCUGGGCGACUCCCGUGUCGGAGGUGUGCUCGAUACUUGGCUCACUCCCUUAAAGACAGUCCGCACUCAGAAUACCAAGGAGCUGGAUGCCAUCAAGGACGAGGACGACAGGGCUAUCCGCAUCGCCGAGAUGAACGUCGAAACCGGUGUAAACGUCCUCAUGGCCAACUUCACCGUUCAGGAGGCUAUCAAAGAGCGCGGCAUGACCGUCCACGGCUGCAUCUUUGACAUUGCGACUGGCCGUAUCCGCGACCUUGGGUUCGGAACUAAAGGCCCGGGGGCCACUCGGAACAGCAUUAUCAACACCGGAAGUGGGGAGGAGAUCGUUCGCGGCAAGCAUGCUCAGCUCGUGUUCCGUGACGGCGGAGACGCGUCCAUGCAGGUUCGUUGA